AUGAAGAGCUCGCCGGAAAAUGCUUCCUCAUUUCUUAGCCGGAAAACUUUUUGGUGGUUCAACUCAAUGUGUGCCCUAGGCCGUCGGAAGCCUUUAGAGAUUGAAGACCUUUACUCUCUAAACCCAGAAGAGACAUGCGCGACACUGGUGCCCCAAUGGGAAUUUCUAUGGAAUAGAUCAAUUCGAGGUUUGUCUCAAAUCAUUGGGAUUAUUACAAUUCAAAAUCUGAAGCUCAACAAAGAAAAGACGAUUCUACUGACUCCUCGGAGGAUUCCGAUGUUGUGGUUGAGGUUGACGAUUCGUUGCCGUUGGUUAAUGGUGGGACUGGAAUCAUUACCGCAUUACGGAACUUUACCUUCUAAACCAGCAUCAGAAGUUAAGAAAAAGACGAAGAGGAAAAAACAAAAAUGUGAUAAAUUCCAAUCUCAACCCUCUACACCGCCCUCAAUUAUUGGACAUCUUUUUCAUAUUUUUCGUCUUACUAUACUUAAUGCAAUGAUUGUCAAAUUGUUUUCUGAUUUGUUACAAUUUACUAAUCCAAUACUUCUCAAGUUGUUAAUUGCCUUUACUGAAGACCCUUCAAUUCCAAUGUGGCAAGGUGUUGGACUCGCAGCUUUAAUGUUUAUCGCUUCAGAAUUGAGUUCGUUGAUGCUUAAUCAUUAUUAUUAUUUGAUGUUUCGUUUGGGCGUCCGAAUUCAGUCGGUAUUAUCUGCUGCUGUUUACAAAAAAACUCUUCGUCUUUCAAGCUCCUCUCGUCAUGAAAAGACUGUUGGGGAAAUUGUUAAUUUGAUGGCUAUUGAUGUUGACCGUUUUCAGCAAAUAACACCUUUAACUCACCAAUAUUGGAGUACUCCUCUACAAGUGUCUUUAGCUCUUUGGAUGUUAUGGAGUCAAAUUGGCGCCUCUGUUCUAAGUGGAGUUGCUGUUAUGCUUUUGCUUUUGCCAGUGAAUUCAUUGAUCACAAUGCAGACAAAGAAGUAUCAGAUGCGUCAAAUGACUGUAAAAGAUGAACGUACAAAAAUGGUUAACGAAGUCCUUAAUGGUAUUAAAGUCAUCAAACUUUAUGCUUGGGAACCGCCAAUGGAAAAAGUCAUCACUAAACUACGAAACAAAGAACUUUCUCUGAUUCGAAAAUCGGCCUUUCUUCGGACUCUUAGCGAUAUGCUUAACAGUGCUGUGCCUUUUCUUGUAGCUCUUUCAACUUUCGCAACAUAUGUGCUUAUUGAUCCAGAAAAAAAUUUGUUGACACCAGAAAUUGCUUUUGUUUCACUGACUUUAUUCAAUCAAUUAAGACAACCAAUGAGUACUGUUGCAGAUUUAAUUUCACAGACUGUUCAGGUUACUGUCAGCAAUAAUCGACUUAAACAUUUUCUUGUAGCUGAGGAGCUAAAUGAUUAUGUCGAAAAAUUUCCUAUUGAGGAUGGCUCUUCUUCACCACCUCUCAGUUUUUAUCAAAAUAAUGCAAUUGUUGCAGAGAAUGCAUCAUUUAGUUGGGACCGUACAGACAACCAACCAGUUCUUCACUCAUUAAAUUUUACAAUUCCAAGACAAAAGCUUGUUCUCAUUGUUGGCACUGUUGGAUCUGGGAAAAGCAGUAUCUUGAUGGCUUUACUUGGUGAAAUGAUUAAGCUCUAUGGUCGAAUAGGCGUUUAUGGUCGUUUGGCCUAUGUGUCUCAACAACCUUGGGUUCAAAACAAUUCUGUUAAAAACAAUAUUAUAUUCGGCAAUAUACCUGAUGAAUAUUUCUACAAUCGUGUGAUUAACUGCUGUGCUUUAAAACAUGAUAUUGAUAUUCUUCCACAAGGUGAUGCCACUGAAAUUGGAGAAAAGGGCAUUAAUUUGUCUGGAGGACAAAAAGCUCGAAUCAGCUUAGCACGUUGUGUAUACCAAAACCCAGACAUUUACUUCCUCGAUGACCCUCUUUCUGCUGUUGACAGUCAGGUCGGAAAUGAAAUAUUCAAAGAGCUGUUUGGCCCAGAAGGCUUGUUAAGGCAUAAAACGCGUUUAUUAGUUACAAAUGAAUUGUCUUUCCUACCUUCUUCUGAUUUUAUUCUCAUCGUUAAAGACGGGCGUGUCAUUUCCUCUGGUACUUAUACGGAAUUGUCGCAAAAUGGAACAUUGAAUCGUUUAUUUUAUGACGUCAAUUUGGAACGACUUAAAUCGACUACCACUUCGCAUACUGUGGACGAACAAAAUGAUAUGGACAAUGUUAGUGAUGAUACUGACGAAACAUUUAUGGAUGAAAAUGCUGCUGAUGUUGAGAAUUUGAUGGGUGCCUCUGUAAUGUCUACCGUUUCAACAAUUUUAGCAAAACGCAAAUAUAGUACUUCAACUUCUUAUAGAAGAAGAAGACCCACGAUGCGAGAAAGUUCUGAACCUUCUCUUGAUGUGCCAAUUAUGCGACAAUUGACUGGAGUUGAGAAAGUUGAAACUGGACGGGUAAAACCUGCAGUGUAUUUGGGUUAUUUUCGUGCAAUGGGAUUUUGUCUUUCUGGUCUUUUCUUUUUGGGAAUGAUUCUUAGCACUUUGGCUUCAAUGUCUCGCAAUCUUUGGCUCACGGAAUGGUCUAAUGAUCAGUCUCCAACAGGACACCCUUCUAAUGAAUCGCAGCCUGUAUCUGUGAGAUUAGGCGUUUAUGCAGGAAUUGGAUUUUUAGAAGGUUUUUCUUUCCUUUAUUAA